GAGGGAGAGUUUUCUUCUUUGCAGUAAACAGCAGCCGCCGCCGCCUCUGGACAUUGCUGGAGCCCCAGCUCAGAAGAUCAGCCCGUCUGUUAGCCAUGAACGCUUCGUGCUGCCUGCCGUCACCUCAACCAACGCUGCCCAACAGCUCAGAGCCCCUCACGGCCCCUUCCUUCGGCAACCAGAGCGGCAGCAGGUUUUGCGAGCAGGUCUUCAUCAAGCCCGAAGUCUUCCUAGGGCUGGGCAUCAUCAGCCUGCUGGAGAAUGUCCUGGUCAUCGUGGCCGUGGCCAAGAACGGCAACCUGCACUCGCCUAUGUACUUCUUCCUCUGCAGCCUGGCGGUGGCCGACAUGCUAGUGAGCGUGUCCAACGCCCUGGAGACCGUCAUGAUCGCCGUCAUCAACAGCAACUACCUGACCUUCGAGGACCAGUUCGUGCAGCACAUGGACAACGUCUUCGACUCCAUGAUCUGCAUCUCCCUGGUGGCCUCCAUCUGCAACCUCUUGGCCAUCGCGGUGGACAGGUACGUCACCAUCUUCUACGCGCUGCGCUACCACAGCAUCAUGACCGUGCGGAAGGCCCUCGCCUGGAUCGCGGCCAUCUGGGUGUGCUGCGGCGUGUGCGGCGUGGUGUUCAUCGUCUACUCUGAGAGCAAGAUGGUCAUCGUGUGCCUCAUCACCAUGUUCUUCGCCAUGCUGCUGCUCAUGGGCACCCUCUACGUGCACAUGUUCCUCUUCGCCCGGCUGCACGUCCAGCGCAUCGCAGCGCUGCCGCCCGCCGACGGGGCGGCCCCGCAGCCGCACUCGUGCAUGAAGGGGGCCGUGACCAUCACCAUCCUGCUGGGGGUGUUCAUCUUCUGCUGGGCCCCCUUCUUCCUCCACCUCAUCCUCAUCAUAACCUGCCCCACCAACCCCUACUGUGUCUGCUACGCGGCCCAUUUCAACACCUACCUGGCCCUCAUCAUGUGCAACUCCAUCAUCGACCCCCUCAUCUAUGCCUUCCGGAGCCUGGAGCUGCGCGCCACCUUCAAGGAGAUCCUGUGCGGCUGCAACGGCAUGAGCCUGGGCUAG